AUAACUUCACGGAUAGGGGACUCAUCACUUGUCUUAUGAUUUCUAAUAUUUAUUUUUGUUUACGUGCGUGCGUGUGGAGGUCAGAGGACAACUUGCAGGAGUCGGUUCUUUGCUUCUACCAUGUGGUUUUUGGUCAUCGGAUUCCCGUCAGUAGGCUUGGCUACCAGCACCUUUAUCCACUGGACUGACUCCCAGAAGUACCUGCUACACACUGGGUUCUCACGUUCAGACAGAAAAACCCUCCCUUCCUGGAGCAGGCAUGAAUGAACCAGAUGAAGAACUAGAGGUCCAGAGAGGCUGACUGUGCGCACCGAGGUGACCCAGCCUGGAGACUGAGCUGACUUGUAACUGAGGGACAAGCGCAGGCCUUGCGGCCAUGAAGCUGAACGAGCGCAGCCUGGCCUUCUACGCAACCUGCGAUGCUCCAGUGGACAAUGCUGGCUUCCUCCACAAGCGUGGUGGACGCGGGGCAGGCUCGCACCGGCGCUGGUUCGUGCUUCGUGGCAACAUGCUCUUCUACUUCGAGGCAGAGGCCAGCCGCGAGCCGCUGGGGGUCAUCCUGCUGGAGGGGUGCACGGUGGAGCUGGUGGAUGUCCGGGAGGAGUUUGCCUUCGCCUUGCACUUUGCCGGCGGUCGCUCUCGGCCCUACGUGCUGGCAGCUGAUAGCCAGGCGGCCCUGGAGGGCUGGGUGAAGGCGCUGUCACGAGCCAGCUUCCACUACCUGCGCUUGGUGGUGCGUGAGUUGGAGCAGCAGCUGGCAGCCAUGCGGGAGGGAAGCCCUGCCAAUGCCUUGCCGGCCAGCCCAAGCCCAGUCUCGAACCCGCGACCCAAGGAGAAUGGCCGGGCAGUAUGGAGUGCGCUGCCUGAGCAACCCACUGCAGCCCCCCAGCGCCCACCGCUACCGCCCCGUCGCAGGGCCUCUGCUUCCAAUGGGCCCUUGGUAUCAUUCGCCCAGCUACAUGAGCAGUAUGGACUGGAGGUGCGGGCCCUCAGGAGCCAGUGGCGUGGAGGCCACACUGGCCUAGCUGGCCUGGAGGUCUCCUGGCAUCCUUCUCAGUCUGGUGGGACUCAUACCCAGGACCAGCCUUAAGGGGCCUACUGGCUGUGAGGGAAGCCUGAGUAAAGCCAGGCUUCCAGGGGACAAAGGACAUGUGACCCAGAAGACCUGACCUCUGGGCUCAGUGGCAGUUACUGCCAAGAAGAACCUGGGACCUGAACAUUCUACAAGAACUCAAGGAAUUGGUUGCUAGAGAGCCCUGCCCCAGGACAGCCCUGGAGUAGGCCACAGGCCCAUGGGGCCCAAGGUCCACCUAGUACUGGUCCUCACGAGGGUCAGGAAGCCUGGGCCCAGAGGCUGCUGCCUGGGCUGCUCAUUUGGGUCUGAAGCAGCAGGUAGAAGGUGGAGUUAAACUGGAUAAAUCCCCAAGGUCCUGGCCUGGAACCAGCUAAGGCAGGACUUUGCCCGGCCUUGGCAGGCAGGGCCUCUUAGAGCUAAGUAACCUCCAGUCCUGGGCUGUGGCCUAGCUUCCUCCCAGGUUCACCACUGCCUGAUUCCAGACAACCAGUGGGCCUCCCUGCUGGGUCCCUUCUCAGUGCUGGCUCUCUUCCAGAGUGUUGGGCGGGACAACCUGCCCCACCUGGGUCUUGUUUACAGUCCUCCUCAGUGCCCUGCCCUGGGGACUGGAGGACACUCACUCCAGUCUCUGCGGCAGAUGGACAGAUUUCACCCUGGCCCCACUCGUCUGUCCCUGGAGGCCCUGGGUUGGGGUUCUGUAGGUGAUUCUGCCACCAGAGCCUCUUGGCUGCCUGCUGGUUCAGGCGCCAGGGCUUGGCUGUGAGUUUCACUUUGAAGUUUAUAAGGUAUUGCAUUUGUCUUUCUUCCAGCAGGGAAGUUUAGUAUCUGCACCCCCCCCCUCCCAUUACUGUUGACUGGAGGGAAGGGGUGGCAUUGUCCCCAGGGAGUCCAACCCUACCAGGAGACACACUGACACCUAGCUGUCACUGAGCUCUGCUGUCUGCACAGGUGCCUCUGGGGACUUGGUCCCUAUCUUUGUAACUCUCCCACUGGGUGGGGCUCAGGUCUCCCUGGUGUGACCCAGCUGGCGGGCUAAGGCAUAGACUCUAGUCUGGGAUGGGUUUACAAACUCUAAAGGUACAGCGCAGGAAGUAGGGAGUGGAGAGAUGCCCUUUUUUCCCAAAGCACAAAGAUGGUCCAGCUGACUCUAGGGCUAAAAGAUGUCUGCCAUGGACAGGAAACGAGGGCCAAAAUAAAAGCUGAUCAAGCAGCCGGGCGGUGGUGGCGCACGCCUUUAAUCCCAGCACUCGGGAGGCAGAGGCAGGCGGAUCUCUGUGAGUUCGAGACCAGCCUGGUCUACAAGAGCUAGUUCCAGGACAGGCUCCAAAA